AUGGAAUUUUGGACCCUCACGGGAUGGAUCAUUGCCGGCGUCUUCGCGGUGCUCGGCGCCGCCGUCUUCAGUGCCUUCUUGUUGCCUCACUCCUACUUGCUUCAGAAGCCGGAGCCGGAGGAUCUGAAGGCGGCCAUCGAAAGAGAGUUGCCAGAGGCUCAGCCGGGCGAGGGCGACGUUUGCUCGGUGUGCUUAGAGGGCUUCGACGUCGCAUCUGCCAAGCAGUUAAAAUGCAAGCAUUGCUACCACAGCGAUUGCUUGACCAGCUGGGCCCGCUCGGAGCAACGGCGGCGGCAGACUCCCCACGGCCUGGUGCGGAUCGUGUGCCCGCUUUGCGGGGCGCUCGACGUUGCAGUGGGCUGA